GAAGAGCUCAGAAGGCUCCAGCACACCUUGGAACAGGUCAAUGAUGGCAAAGACUUGCUUCAAAGCCAUCAGCUUGGCAUGGAUGAAGAAAAUAAUAUUGAAAAAUAUCGUAUCAACUUACAGCCCUUGGAAUCAAAAGUGAAAAUCAUCCAGCGAGCAUGGCGUGAGUACCUGCAGCGCCAGGACCUGUCGCACCAUGAGCAGCUGGACAAGCGCAGUCCCUCCCCACCAUCCCUCUCCUCUGAUAAGAUGAGUAGAUCCAUCAGCAUGAACACCUUUUCUGACAGCAGCACACCGGUGAGUAGAGCAUUGGAGCCCAUUUCUCUAUUU